AUGUCUCACCCUUUAAAAGCUGCAUUCCAUGAAUUGAGCAAUGUACUUAAUUCUAAGUUAUUCCUGGAGAACGAAAGAAAAAGACGUGGUAGACCUCGAAGAAAAGAGAAUAGCCCGGCUGUUAAAGAGUUGCAGACAGUACUUCAGAAAACUCAUAAAAUAUUAGAAGAGGCGGAGGCAAGAUUUUAUCAUUUGCGCUCAAGACCAAAUUAUCUUUAUAAUAUGAAGCCGGAAGAUUUUCGACAAGCAAUUAAUUCAUUCGAAGGAGUGUUUAAUAAAUAUAAAGAUAUUGCAGAUAUUACGAAAAAAGCAACAAAUUGUUUAAACUAUACGAAUUUUAUUCAGCAUGGAGAUGGAGACCGUGAAAUACUGGGAAAACUUUGCCUAAAACCUCUCAUAGAAACAUUAACAAAUUCUUUGCUACCAAUUGAUCUACGAAAAACGUUCAGAUCUAGUCUCCUCCAUGGUAACUGCAUCGGGCCGAAGACACUCGUGGCAUCACAAAUAAAAUAUAAUCAAAAUGAAUUAUAUUAUCCGGAGGGACAAGAUCAGUUUUUCGUUGAUUUCAAUAAAUGGACAAUAUCUACAACGAUAAAAUCAACAGAGCUCGGUAGCCAAUACUCGGUUGGUAUACGCAAUAGAAGGAUAUUUUCGGUUUCUGAUAAUGAGGUUAUCAUUUUUAUAAGAUUUGAUAAUGAUGUAAAAGACGACUUAAAAAUUAUGUUUGCCGAUCGUCACGUAGAAAAAAAGAUCCAGAUACCAAGGGUGCCAACAUCUCCAGUUUUACAACCAAAAUUCAAUCUUGCAAAAUAUGGUCAUUCAAAAUCGUCAAAAGCCUCUAAAACACCCAAAAAUGGAACAAUCGAUAAACAAAUUAUUAAAUUAUUAAAAGAUGCAAAUUUAGACCAUGAAUCUUCGCCUUUCGAGCCUAAUACAGAAUUAACUAAAAGCUGUAUCGCUAUGUAUAAUACCGAACUUUCUUUUAGUGCCAGUAAUCCUUUGGAAAAGCAAACCUUUAAAAACAAAAGAAUUACUUCUACUACCUCUAACCAUUCUCAUGCUAAAUUGCAAAUCCUUGAUACUGAGCGUCGCAACGGUUUUCAAUCAUCAAAACGACGAUCUAAGCCAUUGAAUUUAAAAAAACAAACAGAUAGCAAAGGAGAUAGUAUGAAAGAAGAAAAAGCAGAAACCAAUCAAAUUUCUCGUGUAGAUCCUACAAAGCAGGACACUUUACAAAUUCAAGACGUCAACAACGAAACAGCAGAUAAUGUAGCUGAUGACCAACAAGAAUUUCACUUUUAUGAAAUUUCCAACUUAGUGUCUACAGAAAAUACUAGAAACCUUAAUCAUGGAAAAAGGAAAAGAAAGACGCAAGAUUCAAUUGAAGACAACCCGGAAAAGCCGAGAUUCAAUAAUAAAUUUAAAAAGAAUAAAGAACAAAUAAAGAUCGAUAAUAGAAAUAGCCCAAUUAAGAGCGAAGAAGAAUUUUGGAAUCCAUCGAAAUAUGAUACAACUGAUUCAACCGAAGAUGAGGAGGCUAUUGAACGGAUGAGAGCACAAUUUCCUAUGGAAUUUUUUCGUGAAUUAAUGGGAAAAAACACGCCGAUCUCAAAAUCCAAUAAUGAAAAAAAAAGAGUAACAAUAAGUACAAUAGUUUCGUUUAUAGAAAAAUUGAAAGGAUCUUUAGAUAGUGAUGACGAAGAUAUUAAUAAUGGUGAAAAUGGAGGUCAAUAUAUUUUGCAUACACGAGACAGUUCACCUACAAUUAGUAACAAUAAUGAAACAAAUUGUUCAAAAAAUGCAACCUAUGAUAAUAAGAUUAGUGACGUCACUUCAAUUAAUAACAGAUACGCAGAUGAGAAAUUCGAUGAGGAAAUUAGAAGAUUAUUGCAAUGUGUUGGCGAGACAAUUUUUAGACAAUUUCGUAGUCAAGAUGCUGCUUUAUUUCAGGCGACACACAAAGCAAUUAUUAAAAAUGAAACUAAUUUGACUCAAGGAUUAGAAACACAGUUUAUACGCAAAAAUCAAUUACUUAAUGAAUUUAAAAGAAAAUACACUUCUAUCGCAAUAGAAGAUCGGCAAAUGAUUAAAAAACUAAAGGGAGGAAGGAAGGAACUGACUUCUUUGGAACAAUCACUAUUAGAGAUGGAAAAAAUUGAAUCCGGAAUUAGCAAAAUUUAA